AUUUUAUCGUACAAUCGGAACAAUGAGACAACAACCUAACGUACCCAUACGAUAUCUUGUUUUUAUUAGAGAAACUAGUAUCUUAUCAAUGGUUCCACGAGCAAUCCAUCAAGUGAAUUCGGUAGUUUAACAUAUCUAAUCUAUUUGACGAGCAUUAUGCUUAGUUCCCGGCUUAAUCGUACGAGAUAAAUAAUAAAAUAUCACUUUAUAUUCUAGCCAACUAGUUGAUUUAUAUUACCUAUGAAAACGUUGUUCUUACAUAGAGAUUGCUGUUUAACCCUAUUUUGCAUAGGAAGCGGGUAUAAAGGUGCUUAUAUCGCCUUAAUGUCAUAAUUGUAAUUGUUUUGGGUGCGGCGUAGAGAUAGAGAUGUUAAUUUACGUUAUUUUGAAACGAACGGUGUGUUCAAACGUGAUUCAAAAUAUUUUUAAAUAUGCUUGUGCAGUUGUAUUUUACAAAAAAAUAUUCGACUACAUAUUUAUUAUGUUUGAGUUUGCCUAAAACUGCUUAAAAGAAAUUUUUAAAUAUGGCGUAUGUUCAUUAAAUGUUUCUUUUCUUAUUGAAAUAUAAAAAUGUAACAAAAAUAGGCUUGUUUACUAAAAUCAUAGAACAUCGAACAAUCGUAGUAAGUACAUGAGUACUUAGCUUGUUUCAAAUAAAUAAGUUGUCAAUAAUGAUCAAAGUCAUAAAGCAAGCAUUGUUAAAGACCGCAGACACACGAGUUAAUCCAACCGCGUCAAAGUUGAUAAACUAUCGCGAAUCUUAUCGCCAAUUCGAUAGCAUUGAAAAAGUUCAUACACCAACUCUUCCAAUGUCGGUCGGGCGACUGAAGACGCAACAUGAAACUACUAGACCCGAGAUGUGCGGUGGCCCCGAUGAAGACAGCGGCGUCUGAAGCUGAACAAAUCUCUCGUCUUCGCGCAUCGCAAUCUCCAAUAGCCAUCUCCCUUCAAAAAUGCCAGACAUGGUCUUCACUAGAUGGACUCAAAUUCACGGGCUACUGGGACAACGAAGGCAGUGGCGUGUUAUUAAAUACGGGACAAACUGCAUAUUUUACCCUGGACACAAACUCUCGACCACGACUAAGCGGCGGGCCCCUAAUGGGCGAGUACAUAUUCGAACAAAUGCACUUCCACUGGUCUGUUGACGACUUCACCGGCUGCGAACACGUUUUAGAUGGUCAUGGCUACGCAGCAGAGUGUCAUUUUGUCCACUACAACAGUAAAUACGAGUCAAUGGAAGCGGCGGUAGGCCAUGCCGACGGCUUGGCUGUGGUUGGUUUCCUUUUGGAGGUUGUAGACGCCCCUAACCCGAAAUUUGAUAAGCUUGUCGAGGGUUUGGAGGCGAUUCAGAAGCGUGACCAAGCUGUUCGAGUCACUGCAGAGUCACUGUCCUGGAUGGAGCGAGACGACCUGCGCGAGGGCAGCUACGUGACCUACAAAGGGUCAUUAACCACGCCCCCGUACACCGAGUGUGUCACAUGGAUCAUUUACCAGAAACCUGUACAAAUUGGCACAGAACAGGUGGGCCUUCUACGACAGUUGGAAGGGCUAGACAGCAAGCCCAUCGAGAGAAACGUGCGGCCGACGCAACGCCACCCUCCUGGUCACUCCGUCAUAUACGUGAAGCAAUUCAAGGCGAAACUUUAAAUUAAGAUUGAUAUUUACU